AAUAAACUCACCUACAGGCACAUAUGAAGAUACACAAUGGAGAAAAACCUCACCAAUGCAAUGUCUGUUAUAAAACAUUUAGUCUUUCUAGUCAACUGCAGUCACAUAGCAGAUUACAUACAGGAGAGAAGCCCUACAGUUGUCAUUUUUGUGAGAGGAUGUUUAAGGAUGGAGCAGGGUUAAAUUCCCAUAUGAGGACACAUACUGGAGAGAAACCUUACAAGUGUACCAUCUGUGAUGAGGAAUUUAGAGUGUGGCGACACAUGAAGGACCACAUAUUGACUUAUACAGGAGUAUUUCCUCGACCUCAUGAGUGUAUCUUCUGUGGGAAGAUGGUUGCUUAUCUCAACAGGCAUAUGAAAAUUCAUAAUCGAGAGGAGCCUUUCCAGUGCAAGUUCUGUAAGAAGAAGUUUAAUCACUUGAAUACACUGCAGUUUCAUCUCAAGACACAUAGCUUAGAAAAACCAUACAGUUGUGAUCUAUGUGGGAAGGUGUUUGCACUUUCAUCUUACCGAAAGAGACAUUACAAGCAUUAUCACUUUGGAGAAAGGCCAUACAAAUGUGAUAUUUGUGGUAAGGGAUAUGCUGUUUCUAACGCGCUAAGUUUACAUAGAAUGUCGCAUACAGGAGAAAAGCCAUACAUAUGUGCUGCCUGUGGAAAGGACUUUAGAACCUCAAAUCAACUACACAUUCAUAUCAAAAUACAUGCAAAAGUCAAACUACACAGGUGUGGUGCCUGUGGAAUAAAGUUUGAACAAUUUGAAAGACUGCAGGCACAUUGGAAGACACAUGCAGUGAAGAAAUCAUACAGGUCAGAUGCCAUUAGUAACUCAAACAGUUCAACUGCAGUCAUAUCACAGGAUGGAUACGUAACCAAGAAAAGUGUUAAGGAGGGGGCAGGUAGGGGGACCACAUAUUCGCGGCCAUCCAUACUUCAAGUUAAUGUUCCUGUCCCUAUUACUCUUGUUUCCCACCCCUCCGAUACCCAAGACCAAACUUCCAUUUCUACGCAAACUCCGUGGUGAUGCUCUGAAUUGACAUUUGCUAAAUGCAUUAAUAAAUGAUGUGUACAGAUGCUUUAGACCUACUUCUAUACUAGGGUAUUGGAUUUCCACAUGUAACACACAUUAUUAGUUUGUCUGCAAGCUACUCAGUAGCAGCUGUGCAAUAUCUACAUGCACUUUAUUACUUUUACAGUAUUUACAUUUUACAAAUUAAA